GCACCGGUCGUCCGCGGUCCGCUCACACAUAUCUCCUCUUCCUCGCGAUCCAGCAGGACUCGGGCGGCGCCGGCGGCGACGGAUCUCGGCGAGAUCGGAGAUGUCUUACCUGCUCCCGCACCUUCACUCGGGCUGGGCGGUGGACCAGGCCAUCCUCGCCGAGGAGGAGCGGCUGGUCAUGAUCCGGUUCGGCCACGACUGGGACGAGACGUGCAUGCAGAUGGACGAGGUGCUGUCAGGGGUGGCUGAGACGAUAAAGAACUUUGCGGUGAUCUACCUUGUCGACAUCACCGAGGUCCCCGACUUCAACACCAUGUACGAGCUGUACGACCCGUCGACGGUCAUGUUCUUCUUCCGCAACAAGCACAUCAUGAUUGAUCUCGGGACAGGAAACAACAACAAGAUCAACUGGGCAAUGAAAGACAAGCAAGAGUUUGUUGACAUCGUGGAGACUGUCUACAGGGGAGCUCGUAAGGGCCGUGGUCUGGUGAUUGCUCCCAAGGAUUACUCCACCAAAUACCGUUACUGAGGUAUCUGUGCCUGGCUAUAUGGCCUACUGUGAAAUGCCUGUUCUCAUAAACCUAUAACUCAGGCUGUGACCCUUUAUGUAAUGUUUCUCAACUUUGAAAGUGCCGUGCAACUUGUAUUUGUAUCUUGAAUAUCGACGUGUCAUAAACCUGUAACCCUUUGAAACAUGACCUACUGUCUAUUGGUAUGACUGGGAAAACAGACCUUUGGUUUGAA